AUGACUCGCUGGACCGAUGAGAACAAGGCAACUCUCCUCCGUCUCAUCUUCGAGACUCAGACUUUCCAGAUUGAUCUCGACAAGAUCGUCGAUGCCUGGCGUAAGUAUACACCCCUCACAGACACGCACAACAAUCCCGACCUUAUCACUAACUUGAACCCCAUAGCCGGAGACGACAAGCCCACUGGCAAGGCUCUCAGCGAGCAGCUAGGCAAAUACCGCAAGCCCGGCAGCUCCAUCACCUUCAGGUUCACGAAGGGCAAGCGAGGCGCUCCUGAUGGAUCGGGAUCCUCUGCGCCAAAUACCCCUACUCCCAAGAGGGCCCGAAAGAAUGGCAAGGCGAUCAAGGGGAAGGCGGAGGUGCCGUCUUCUCCUGUUCUUGUGCCUAAGAUUAAGGGUGAAGACAUGGAAGAUGACAAGAAGUUCAUUGAAGCUUGA